GACAACUCCUCGUUUUCACGUGCGAAGCAAACCGCAUCCCCGAACUGCUCCCUCCAGACGCAGAAGUGCUGUCAACGCCACGACAGAAAACCGAGUAUUAUAGGUCAGCCUCCCAUGGCGAACCGCCCUGACGGCGUUGCUUCGUCCGAGCCCGCUAGUUAUCCUCGACUCGAUCCCCAACUCUCGACGGUGGUGUCUGCGCCGUCUCCAACUCCUGCUGUCUCAUCAGUGAGGGAUCCCCGAGGACCUCCUAUUUCUACCACCACCACCACCACCCGCUUUGAACAUGAAUCCGCCAGUAUGAUGGAAGUCGAUAGGAAUUCUGCGGCAGACGACCGCUCGCGGCGCGCUACUAGUGUGCUCUCCAUGGAUGAUAUCGAAGCUGCCCAGGCGCUGGAGGGGCUGCGCUCCGAUUUCGGACAAUCUCCUCGAUCUUCACACCCGGCGCAACAAGUGUCCCCCGCAGGACCUCCAACUACCGAAACCCCGCAGGCGGAACCGCUGCUGUCCCUACUCACCUCGACCCAUCCUUUGGUCUCGUCGGCGAUCAAGGGUUCAAUGUCUGCUUAUACUACGUCCAAAUCUUAUUCUCCACGGUUCAGGUACGGUGCUGAAUUCAUCGAGCGCAAUAUCGGAUCUCCCGUUGUGAAUACAGUGGGCUCGGUGGGCCGCAAGACUGGCGUGGAAGGCGGCCUCCGCUGGGCAUUGCAGCGACGCGAAUCGACAGCGACAGGUAAUGACCGUAGCAAGCGGAGGAAGAUGAAUGGCGACGCCCAAUCAAAUCAAAUGGACAUUGAGAAAGGAGUGGAGGAAUUCGAAUAUCCAGCCCGUUCCCGCCGGUCCUCUGACCUAUCCUCAGCAGAGCCCUUACCGCCUUAUGAUGACAAUAAGUCCCCGAAGUAUGAAGAAGUCACUCAGGAUGAUGAGAAAGGGCAUAGUGAUGAAAGAACGACAGUGCAGCCUCGCCAAGCGUGGGCAAAUCGACUGGUGAUUUCGACCUCUGGCCUUGGUGUGGCCAUGAGCGAAGAAUCCCUGCGCAGCUUGCAGUAUUGUCUCACUUGGUUGAAGUGGGCAAAUGGCCGGUUGGGUCAUGCUGUUCUGGCUCUCAGGAAUGUCUUGAAGCAAUGGGACGAGCACCAGGCUGCGGGCCUUCCUACUGUCAACGGCUCUCAAGGCUCCGCUGAUCAUGCACAGCUCUCCCAACGGAUCCAGGCUGUCAAGGAAGAUGUACUAGCUACCCUGAAACAGGUCGUGGACAUCGUCUCGAAGUACGCAGGAGGCGCCUUGCCUGAAAACGCGCGCAAUCUUGUCCGCAGGCAUCUCACCUCUCUGCCGCAGAGGUUCCGCAUUGCCUCGACAUCCAAUCCUCACCCAGAGUCUUCGUCUUCCUCGUCGGAAGCGACUAUCAGUGCUCAUAGAGUUUUAGUGCUUGCCCAAGAGGGUCUGGAGAUGAUGGCGCAGGUCAGCAGUGUUGUAAACGACACUCUAGUCAGCGCGGAGACCUGGUGUGAGAGACUAGGCAGAAAGCGUCCCGCAAGAGCUGCAACUGAUGAGCAGGAACAUUCCCCCAGGUCUGGCGAGCCUCUGCCUGUGGAUGUGAAGAUACCAUUCCACGUGGAGGAAAAUGGUCAACAGGACCUUGAGAUGUCCGGAACGAACAAUCCAGCAUAAGCAUACAUUAUUCCGCGAGCAUAAGUGGCAACUAUGCAGGAUCUAACAUCUCAUGCCAUGGGUCUUCCAUCGAAAAGCUGUACACCGGAUGCAGAUCCCUGAUGAGGAUUAUUGUGGCUUCUUCUCAAAGAAGUUAUGUUACUUUUGUUUGCUAUUGCCUCUAAGUUUCUUGUCAGCAAGUGGCAGUUCGUUCCCUAUCACUGGAAAGCAUCCCGCAUUAUCUUC